GGCGCGCGCGCGGCGGCGGCGGCGGGCGGGACGUGUCUGCGCUGUGGACUCACCGCGUCCCCACCGGCUUCCCUCGUCUCUGGGUGGACCCGUUCCUGCGCCUGCCGGCUUCGGGAGGAUGAAAGUCAUCACGUGUGAAAUCGCCUGGCACAACAAGGAGCCGGUGUACAGCCUGGACUUCCAGCCCGCCACGUCCGGGAAGAUCCACAGACUGGCCUCCGCGGGGGUGGACACGACUGUCAGGAUCUGGAAGGUAGAAAAAGGACCCGAUGGAAAAGCCAUUGUGGAGUUUUUGUCCAAUCUUACCCGACACACCAAAGCUGUCAAUGUUGUGCGUUUUUCUCCAGCUGGGGACAUUUUAGCAUCAGGAGGAGAUGACGCCGUCAUUCUGCUGUGGAAGGUGAAUGACAGCAAGGAGCCGGAGCAGCUUACGUUCCAGGACGAAGACGAGGCUCAGCUGAAUAAAGAGAACUGGACUGUGGUAAAAACCCUGAGGGGCCACUUAGAAGAUGUCUAUGACAUUUGCUGGGCAGCUGAUGGGAAUUUAAUGGCCUCUGCUUCUGUGGAUAACACAGCUAUCAUAUGGGAUGUCAGUAAAGGACAAAAGAUUUCAAUUUUUAAUGAACACAAAAGUUACGUACAAGGAGUAACCUGGGAUCCUUUGGGUCAGUAUAUUGCUACUUUGAGUUGUGACAGGGUGCUGCGGGUGUACAGCACACAGAAGAAACGUGUGGCUUUUAAUGUUUCAAAGAUGCUGUCUGGAGUGGGGGCCGAAGGAGAGGCCAGAAGUUACCGGAUGUUCCAUGACGACAGCAUGAAGUCAUUCUUUCGUAGACUCAGCUUUACCCCCGAUGGCUCCUUGCUCCUCACGCCAGCCGGAUGUGUGGAAUCUGGUGAAAACGUAACAAACACAACUUACGUUUUCUCCCGGAAAAACCUUAAAAGGCCUGUUGCCCACCUUCCGUGUCCUGGGAAAGCGACACUGGCUGUGCGCUGCUGCCCUGUCUACUUUGAGUUGAAGCCAGUGGUGGAAUCAGACAAGGCGUCGCACGAACCCAGCGUGGAGCUCGUGAGCUUGCCCUACCGCCUGGUGUUCGCAGUGGCCUCCGAGGACUCGGUCCUGCUCUACGACACCCAGCAGUCUUUCCCGUUCGGCUACGUGUCUAACGUCCACUACCACACGCUGAGCGACCUCGCCUGGUCCAGCGAUGGGGCUUUCCUGGCCAUUUCUUCCACGGAUGGCUACUGCUCAUUUGUGACGUUUGAGAAAGAUGAACUUGGCACACCUUUGAGAGAGAAGCCAGUUUUGAGCAUAAGAACUCCUGAUACAGGAAAGAAAACCAAGAGUCAGACACACCAGGGUUCUUCACCAGGGUCCAGAUCGGUGGAAGGGACCCCCACCAACAGAACCCAAGACGCCAGCAGUCCCUGUACAUCCCCCUCCCCAACCACACCAUCCCCUGCGCCCGCCCCAGCAGUUGUCAAGGACACUCCCGCGGGCACUCCGGCUGUCAAAGGCUCCCUGCCAGGCCCUUCAGAGGAGAAACCCCUGCUGCCCCGUAGUCAGAACACGAAAGUCCCCCAACCCCGGAGAGUCACUCUGAACACGUUGCAAGCCUGGAGCAAGGUAACCCCCCGGAGAAUAAACUUGACACCUUUGAAGACAGAUACUCCACCAGCCUCUGUCCCAAGCAAUGUAACUUCUAACUCUUCCACAGAAGAAGUUCAGUCAGAGAUGUCUGGAGACACUCAGAGGAACUCCCCAGAGCGGAAACGGCCCAGGCUUGAGGAAAACAAAGGAGACACCCCAAGCCCAGACCCUUGAUGGGAACUUGGAGUUUGCCUGAGGCCUGUUGGGGCUGGGCCCUAUGCUUGCAGGGAGCGAGGGAGGCCCACAGUGCUGAGGCGGGUGACAUCAAAGGACCAGACGCUCAGAGACGUGUACUGACAUUCAUCAGGAAAUGUACAUGCUCUUGUUCAGUGCCCAUUGUAACACUGGUGAGGGUAUUGUAACAGGCUGUCGUCUUUUUGAUGACUUUCUGAAACUGGAGCAGCUCAACGUUACCCAUGUGAAAAUCAGUAAAGCCUUCUCUUGAAACAC